AUGGAAUUUCCUGAGCCUCACAUCCACUUACCGCGAGGUCCGCACACGCACACAGUCAUCCUGCUCCAUGGCCGCGGCAGUAAUGGACCUGAGUUCGCCGAGGAGCUCUUCUCCUCCAUAACCUCCAAGGGCCACAAUUUGGCCUCUUGCCUCCCGAACUGGCGUUGGGUAUUUCCCACCGCUCGCAAUUGUUGGAGUGACAGGUUCCAGGAAGAACUGUGUGCCUGGUUUGACGCAUACUCCUUGGACGACAUCCAUGAACGACAGGAGCUGCAGACUGCCGGUUUGAGGGAGUCGGUCACCCACAUCCUGGGCAUCCUGCACCACGAGAUAGGUAUCCUCGAUGGGAAGACCGACCAUAUUUAUCUUGGAGGUAUUAGUCAGGGAAUGGCAACCGCCUUAUGGACAUUGUUCUGUGCCACCAACCAGAUCCACCAGCCACUUGGUGGCUUUGUGGGUUUUUGCGGCUGGUUGCCGUUUGCACGACAGGUAGAAGAACUGGUUCAAAGUUCGCAGGAAAGCCGUGCUAUCGAUGCCCUCAGCGAACAGCCGAUACAACGUUCAGUGGCUAGUUUCUUUCUCAACACAAUCUUCGGUUCCGAGGCAUCGCAGACAAAGGAAACCAUCGACACCUUGAUCUUAUCAACGCCUGUAUUUUUAAGCCACGGGACCGACGACGACUGGGUGUCCGUGGACCUGGGUCGACAAGCAGCUCGAGUCUUACAACAUAUCAAAAUCCCUGUUCAGUGGCAUGAGUUCACUGGGGCGGAGGGGGACGGCCAUUGGGUCAAGGAGCCUGAGGGGUUUGACCAGAUUCUUCACUUUCUCGAGGCAUGCUCCAGUCACACUUAG